AGGGUUUAAGACCGACACUCGCUGCUGGUUGCUGCCCUUAUUUAGGGUUUUAGGUUUUGAAAAUUGUUUUUCACCAUUUUCUUCAUUUGUUUCUUCACCAUGUGGGCACUACGUCGAGUUACUAAUCCUCUCAAGGAUAGAAGGAUCAACAUUGGAGUAUUUUAUGCUGCUUCUGCUAGAUUACAAAUUUCGAGUAACUACAUAGAAGAAAAGGCUGUUAUUUCUGAGUAUGUUCAAACAUCUGAUAAGCAUCCAUCUUUGUUGAGAUUUUACCAUUCCUCUAAUUUCCCUGUUGGGAGGUGUGGGCUUUCUUCCCAAGCUGGUGCAGAAAACAGUGGGGAGGAAAAUGACUUGGAAGAUGGCUUUUCUGAACUUGAAACGCCUGCUAAUGCUGAGACCAAAGAAAAUUACAUUGCUCAGGAUGAAACUGAAGAUGGAUUGGUUUCUGAUCGAGAAUUAGCUGGUGAGGAGGAAGAUGUUCAGGAAACUGCUUCAAAUGAACUGGAAUUGUUAGAGGGUGAGAGUGAUCCCAGUGAUAAAAGGUCAUCCACAAGGAGUACUACCUCAGAACUGUUUAAAGCUAUUGUGUCUGCUCCAGGUCUCUCUGUUCAUAAGGCUCUUGAUAAGUGGCUUGAGGAAGGAAAAGAUCUUAGCAGAGCUGAGAUUUCAGUAGCAAUGCUCAAUCUUCGCAAGCGUCGAAUGUAUGGGAGGGCAUUGCAGCUCUCUGAGUGGUUGGAGGCAAAGAAGCAGCUUGACUUUGUUGAGAGAGAUUAUGCUUCUCGUCUUGAUUUGAUUUCCAAAUUACGUGGUCUCCAAAAGGCAGAAUACUACAUUCAGACUGUCCCAAAUUCUUUUAGAGGAGAGGUAAUCUACAGAACCCUACUUGCUAACUGCGUUGUUGCUAACAAUUUGAAGAAAGCAGAGGAGGUCUUUAACAAAAUGAAGGACCUAGAACUCCCAAUUACUUCAUUUGCUUGCAACCAGCUGUUGCUCCUCUACAAGAGGCUUGACAAGAAGAAAAUCACUGAUGUGCUGUUAUUAAUGGAGAAAGAAAAUGUCAAACCUUCACUUUUCACUUAUAGAAUCUUAAUUGACGUCAAAGGUUUAUCUAAUGACAUUAGUGGGAUGGAUCAAAUUGUUGAGACAAUGAAGGCUGAAGGUAUUGAACCAGACAUCCCCAUACAAUCCAUCCUGGCUAAGCACUAUGUUUCAGGGGGCCUUGUGGAAAAAGCUCUGGAGGUUUUAAAGGAGAUGGAAGGGGACAACAUAAAAGAGAAUCGUGGGGCUUGCCAGUUUUUGCUUUCUGUAUAUGCAGAGCUUGGAAAAGCUGAUGAAGUGGAAAGAAUUUGGAAUGUCUGCGAAUCAAAUCCCCGCUUUGAAGAGUAUCUGGCUGCUAUUCAAGCUUGGGGAAAGUUAAGUAAAAUUGAAGAAGCGGAAGCAGUUUUUGAUAGGAUGUUAAAAGCAUUGAGGAAGCUUCCUGCUAAGUGCUAUGCCAUACUGUUGAAGGUGUACUCAAACCAUAAGAUGCUGCAAAAAGGUAAGGAUCUUGUAAGACGUAUGGAAGAUAAUGGGGUCCAGAUUGGCCCAUUGACUUGGGAUGCUCUUGUGAAGCUUUAUGUGGAAGCAGGGGAAGUGGAAAAGGCUGACUCGAUCUUGCUGAAAGCAAGCCAGCAGAACCAGGUUAAGCCCUUGUUCAGUUCUUUCAUGGUUGUUAUGGAGCAGUAUUCUAAGAGGGGUGAUAUCCAUAACUCUGAAAAAUUGUUCCAUAGAAUGAGGCAGGCUGGAUAUGUAGGUCGAUUUCGUCAGUUUCAAUCUCUAGUCCAAGCAUAUAUAAAUGCCAAAGCUCCAGCUUAUGGGUUCAGGGAGAGAAUGAAAGCAGAUAAUAUAUUCCCAAAUAAGGCUUUAGCUGCACAGCUGGCUAGAGUCGAUGCGUUCAGGAAGACUGCAGUGUCUGAUUUGCUUGACUAAGGGUUUCAAUGGUUACUUGUGUCCCUGCUUUAUGUGGGUCAAAUGUUGGUUGUUGCUUCUAGACAUUCUGCGUUGUUGUUCUUGAACGUCAAACAAUUCUCUCCCUUUUCCAUGGGAAUUUUUUAAGAAAUAUGAUGUUAUUUUCUCUUCCCUGAAGUUGAUAUAUGAUCGAUGCUGGUAGUUGUUAGUUCCUAAAACAGUGCCUAGCCUUUGUAGGAGUUAAGAGUGUAAUUCAGGGGUAAUCUCAAUGCAUAUUUGGUUUGGAAGA